AUGAUAGUGUCGCACCGCAAGGGCCUCCCGCACGUGAUCUACUGCCGCGUGUGGCGCUGGCCCGACCUGCAGAGCCACCACGAACUCAAGCCCCUCGAGCACUGCCAGUACCCUUUCUCCGCCAAGCAGAAGGAGGUGUGCAUCAACCCCUACCACUACAAGAGGGUCGAGAGUCCAGUUCUGCCUCCUGUUCUGGUGCCACGCCACUCUGAGUUUGCGCCUGGCCACUCACUACUGACGUUCCAGCAGCAGCACCCGGAACCCAUGCCCAACAAUGUCUCGUUCUCACAGAACGGUUUUGUGCAUUCCCCCAUGGGAGGGGCAUCUCACCCCCAGAUGGGAAGCCAGACCAUCACGGGCGUCAACCAGCCUCCCUCACCGGUCGUCAGCCCCUCCAGCCAAAGCCCACUCAGUCCGUACUGCAAUUUCCCUGGAGGUGGAAAUCUGGGUGGCCUGAACCAGCCACCGUCUCCUGUUGUCAGUCCAUCCAGUCAGAGUCCUCACAGUCCUUAUGCCAGUACCCCGGCAGAUACACCACCUCCUGCAUACAGUCCAAGUGAGGAUAUCAAGCAGACGCAGCAGACGGACACUGCUAUGGACAUUGUUCCAGUGGGGACAGCGAUAAACUCUAAUGUCACACCUGUUACAUACCAGGAGCCAACAUACUGGUCAAGUAUAGCGUAUUAUGAGUUGAACAACCGUGUAGGAGAGGUCUUUCAUGCCCACGGGCACUCUGUCAUAGUUGACGGGUUUACAGACCCCAGCAACAACUCAGAGCGCUUCUGCUUAGGUUUGCUGUCCAAUGUUAAUCGUAAUUCUACAAUUGAAAACACAAGAAGACACAUUGGAAAAGGAGUCCAUCUCUACUACGUGGGAGGGGAAGUGUAUGCUGAGUGUCUGUCUGACUCGGCCAUCUUUGUGCAGUCACGCAACUGCAACCACCACCACGGCUUCCACCCCUCCACAGUGUGCAAGAUCCCACCAGGCUGUUCCCUGAAGAUCUUCAACAAUCAGGAGUUUGCUCAGCUCCUGUCGCAGAGUGUCAAUCAUGGCUACGAGGCUGUCUUUGACCUCACAAAAAUGUGCACAAUAAGGAUGUCAUUUGUGAAGGGUUGGGGUGCCGAGUACCACCGACAGGAUGUGACGAGCACCCCCUGCUGGAUUGAGAUCCACCUGCAUGGCCCUUUACAGUGGCUGGACAAGGUGCUCACGCAGAUGGGUGCACCCAAUGACAGGAUUUCCUCGGUUUCCUGAGUCCUCCCUCUUCGGCCAUCUCCUCACCUCACCUACGUCGCUUGUAACUCAAAUGCUCCUCCUACACAAUUCCCCUCACAUGCUACUUGGCAGUUUUUAUCUUGUAGACCUUUGUAGCCUGUACUUGUCUUUGGUCUGCCUUAAUGUUUUAUGAUGUGCCAUUAUUAUUGUUUAGUUUUUUUAUCAUUAUUAUAAUUAUUAUUACUAUUGUUUCCCCCUUUCCCCCAAGGUUCACGUGCGGUGUGACCUUGCUCUACGUUGCAUCACACAGUGUGAUACCAGCCUUAAAAGAUGGAGACUUUUAAGCCAAAGUCUUUGAUAUUUUUUUAUGUGUUUCUUGUAGUUGAAAUACAAUAGGCCAUGUUGAAAGUGGAAGUUACAAAAAAAUAAAAUAAAAUAAAAAAGUAAAAAAAAAAAAAAAUGUAGUAUGAGUCACAGUAUAACAGAGCACAAGUGCAUGUACCACCCGUUUUUCUGAUCUCCAAUGAUAGGAUAAUUUUUCUACAACGUUUACCGGCAAUACCCUCUCAGUUCAGCAUUGGGGCUAUUGAAUGAGGCUUUCCUUUGUUCCUUUUCUUUAUUUUUUUUUUUUUUCUUUUUUUUUUUCUUGAGAUUUGAAAAGGUCAUCAUUGGUACAGCUUUUGGCAUAACAGUAAGUUUUACACAUGGAGAGCAAGGGCUGCUCGGAGUAGUGCCCAGGUUCUUGUAUUUAAUUUUUUGCAAUAAAAUGCUGGUUGAGGGAGCUGUAUUGAAUCAAAGUGUACUGGCCUGGUUAGUAAGUGAGGCGUUGUGUGACACGACCUGCAAAAAAUUUCCAAUUCACGCACAAGGAACAAGAACUAACGGACAGAUCUUGUUUCUCAGGAUCAAGAAGAAACAAUGCUAAUUUCCUUUUUCUUUCUUUUCUUAAUAUUAAAUAGCCAUGCAAAGGUAGUUUCUUUUACAAAAUUUCUGUGUUUGAGUCUGUGGUGGCACAUGAAGAUUGCAAAAGGAGAGAAGAAAGCAACAGAAAAGCUAAAGUUUAUUUUGUGGUCAGGAUUUGCCUUUAGUUUCUAAAGUUUAUAAAAUCUCAGUUAUUUUACAGUCAGAUUGAUUUUGCAAUGCAUUAGGUGACAUCAUUUUUGUACGUUUCUUUUGAAUAACACUUGUCUUUACAUGUAUUUCAAUAGUGAUCUGAAAACCAGCAACACAUAUUUAAAUCAUAGAUUAUCCAGAAAAAAUGAAGUGAAAAAAAAAAAGAGCAAAAUGUAUUCACAUGACUUAAACAUUAGUGCUAACUCACGUGGUUCCCCUGUCUAUAAGUGAGAUGUCUUUAUCCCUUCUGAUGUGGAGAUCUUAUUCCAAUUAGGGACGAUCCUCUGUGCAUUCAGCAAUGUACUGAUUUGGUUUAGAUUUGGAAAAGAUGAAUCAGAGAAAAUAAAGGAAUUUGUAAAUUCUCUUCAUGAAUGGAUGCAAAUAGAUAUCCUUCUCUUUUUUACCCAUUUUGUGUACGGUUUCCAUUGCAGUAUUUUUUGACACGUCACAUUCCAUUAAUGUAUUUUUUCUCCGCAGAGGAAAGUACUUUUUUCUUUUUCUUUUUUUUAAUCCAUGACAAAGUAAGCAAUAUUGUGAUACAAAGAAAAUUUUUGUAUGUAACUUUGUUUACCCUGUUAGAAAUUACUUGGAAAAAAGUGAAAUUGUAAUGUCCUACAGCUUUUGGGAUGUGGCACUUUGUUCUUAUUUUCAUUAUUUGGAAAAGGAAGUUUUUCUGAUUUUCAUCAUCUUUGCUGCCUUUGGUCAGGGGAUCCAAACAGGGAAAAAGAUGCCAGUGAUAACUUACUACCUAAUUGUGGUACCUGGAAUAUGUGUAUGAUAGGAGAAGUAAAUUUUGUUACCGAGUAAAAUGAAAUGAAAGUUAAUACAACAUAAAUAUUUGUAAAUUAGGCUCAGAGGAUUUGUAUUCCACUCUCUCCACCAUCUUCAGUUAAAACUUACACAUGCAGUAGAAGUAUAUGAAAGCAGUUUUAAGUAAAGCUGUCACAGUCUUGUACAAAGGGCGGAAGGAGUUUGGAGCUACUAUUAAGAAAUUCAACAUUUUAGCCUCUCAGACUAGCAUACUUUCUGCUUUAUACUUUUAACAUGCUUGAGUGUUAAUAUUCAUAUGUAUCGUUGAGGUAAAGGGUGCAAGGGUGAUGACAUUUGUGAUAAGUGUUGCCCAGUGAUGAGUACAUUGUAGGGAAGAAGAUGUGUCUGGGAAGAACAUCACAUUGCCCUUCAAAUCAAACUUUCUCACAAAAUAAAAGAAAAAAAAAAAUUUACUGGCAUUGGGGGUGGGCGAGUUUUCCCUCCUCGUUGCAGUACUACUUUGACCACAAGAUGUUAGGUUUCAUGAGAUGUAGAACGGGGUCAGUUUUUAUAUAAUUGUAUUACCUGUGAUGGUGUAAAUCCCCUCACAAACUAAGGAGGGGAGAGUUCAAUGUGAAGUUUCAUUGGUUUGUGGAAUCAUGUUUUAGAAAUGUCAAAUUGGAAUAUGUGUCCAUAUUUCAAGUAAAAGAUUUGUGCGCAGAUGGUGUCUUGUGUGUGUCUGUUUUUUUGUUUUUUUUUUUUGUACUUUUGGUUUAUCGUUAUCAAUUUAUUUUUGUUGUAUUUUUUUGUAAGAGAUAUGUGUUUGCUUUGAGGCAGCCAUCUGUUUCAUGCAUUCAUGUUUUUUGUUUUUAGUUUUUUUUCAAUCACAUAAGUAAAAGUUUCUUAUUAAAAUGUUUGUAAUAGUUAAAAGUGCACCAAGUAGCACAAUUUAGAACUGCCUGGAAGGUAUAAUGAAAUUGAUCAAUAAAAUUAUUUGUUACACACCUGGUUUUGCUUGAAAUUAUUGAUAACCAUAAGACAUCAAAACAAUAUUCCUGUCCCUUUCCUUUUCAUAUCUUAAAGAAAUGUGGUUUUAAGUGCAAUUUAUUUCUCAAAAUUUAUUGUUUGUGUCCUUGUUUUAGCCGAGUAGGAUUGGCAUUAUUCUGCCGCUGCAAAUUUGAAUGGUGUCCGAGAUGUCAGUUUUUGAAUAAAAGUGCAAAGAAUUUUUCA